AAAUACCACCUUCCCACUUGAUUUUGAACGCAGCAUAAAUAAGCAAAUCCAUUCUGGCCAGAGCUUCGACAUUCAAGUUGAUGUUUGUUCGGAUCCAGAAAGUCAUAACAAAAGCAGUCAUUCAUUAUUUUACACAACUUUUCUUAUUACGGAAUCUCCGAACAGUCACUUCUAAAAUGUCUUUCCAGUACCCACAUGCUUACCGUGACGAGGCAGUUGCAGAUGACUACCAUGGUAACAAGAUUCCUGACCCGUACAGUUGGCUGGAGGACCCAGACAGCGAGAAGACGCAGGCUUUUGUCAAUGCUCAGAACCAGCUGACACUGCCCUACCUGGACCGCUGUGAGGUGCGGGACCUGUUCAAGGAGCGCAUGACGGAGCUCUAUGACUACCCCAAAUACAGCUGCCCCUUCAAGAGGGGGAGCAGGUAUUUCCAUUUCUACAACACGGGCCUCCAGAACCAGAGUGUAAUGUAUGUUCAGGAGAGUCUAGAGGCAGAGCCCACGGUCUUCCUGGACCCAAACACCUUCUCUGAGGACGGGACUGUCGCUUUACGAGGUGGGGGAUGGAGACAAGGUUAUGCUUUCUCAGAGGACGGCGAGUACCUGGCAUAUGGCACCAGCGCCAGCGGCUCUGAUUGGGUGGAGAUGCACUUCCUGCGGGUGGAGGGGGCCAUAGCCCUAAAUGACCGGCUGGAGAGGGUGAAGUUCAGCUGCAUGUCCUGGACCCAUGACGGCAAGGGCCUCUUCUACAACUCCUACCCCAAGCAGGAGGGCAAAAGUGACGGCACUGAGACGUCCACGAACCUGCACCAGAAGCUCUACUUCCAUGUGUUGGGGACCCCCCAGUCUCAGGACUGCCUGUGUGCCGAGUUCCCCGACCACCCUAAGUGGAUGAGUGGGGUCGAGGUGUCAGAUGACGGGCGGUACGUACUGCUGUCCAUCAGGAAGGGCUGUGACCCGGUCAACCGGCUGUGGUACUGUGACCUUCAAACCACUCUUCAGGGUAUCACAGGCCUGUUGCCGUGGGUGAAGCUGAUAGACAACUUUGAUGCGGAGUACGAGUAUGUGACCAACGAGGGCACGGUGUUCACCUUCAAGACCAACCUGGUGGCCCCGCGUUACCGUCUCAUCAACAUCGAUUUCGCCCAGCCCGCCCAGGCCAACUGGAAGGAGCUCAUCCCCCAGCACGACAAGGACGUCAUCGUGUUUGCCACCUGUACCUACAACAGCCUCCUCUUUGUGUGUUUCCUGCACGACGUGAAGAACGUGCUGAAGAUGUACCGUCUGAGCUCGGGGGAGGAGCUCAGGACCUUCUCUCUGGACGUGGGCUCUGUGGUGGGCUUCACCGGACGCAAGAGAGACUCUGAGAUCUUCUACUACUUCACCUCCUUUCUGUCGCCAGCCAUCAUCUACCACUGUGACCUGACCAAGGAGCCCCUGCAACCCCACGUGUUCCGCGAGGUCACCGUCAAAGGCUUUGACCCCUCCGACUACCAAACUACUCAGGUAUUCUACCCUAGUAAGGACGGCACAGAGAUCCCCAUGUUCAUCGUCCAUAAGAAGGGCCUGAAGCUGGACGGCUCUCACCCUGCCUUCCUCUACGGCUACGGAGGGUUCAACAUCUCCAUCACUCCCAGCUACAGUGUAUCACGGCUGAUCUUUGUCCGACACAUGGGAGGAGUACUAGCUGUGGCCAACAUCAGAGGAGGGGGGGAGUACGGAGAGACCUGGCACAAAGCGGGCAUGCUGGCCAAAAAGCAAAACUGCUUCACAGACUUCCAGUGUGCAGCAGAGUACCUCAUCAAGGAGGGCUACUCGUCCCCCUCCAAACUCACCAUCAACGGAGGGUCCAACGGGGGCCUGCUCGUAGCAGCGUGUGUGAACCAGCGGCCAGAGCUGUUCGGCUGUGCCGUGGCCCAGGUGGGUGUCAUGGACAUGCUCAAGUUCCACAAGUUCACCAUCGGCCACGCCUGGACCACUGACUUCGGCUGCUGUGAGGUCAAGGAGCAGUUUGACUGGCUCAUCAAGUACUCCCCGCUCCACAACAUACGCGUGCCCGAGGGGGAGGGCGUCCAGUACCCCGCUGUCCUCCUCCUCACGGGUGACCACGAUGACCGCGUGGUCCCCCUACACUCCCUGAAGUACAUCGCCACACUGCAACACGUGGUGGGCCGCUGGUCGGGUCAGAGCAAUCCACUGUUCAUCCACGUGGAUACAAAGUCGGGCCACGGCGCCGGAAAGCCCACCAGAAAGGUCAUCCAGGAGGUGGCCGACACGUACGCCUUCAUCGCCCGCUGCCUCAGCCUCUCCUGGGUCAAAUGAAGAGGAGGAGGGGGGUUCCCUGGAAGUCUGUUUCUAGGGGAAGUGUCUCUAUCGUGUGUCUUAGAAGUUUCUUACUCGUUCUUGUUAUUUUUUUAAAUGAUCACUAAUCUUUUUGUUCAGAUGUUCUCCUUCCCUCCUCAUCAUCACUACUGAUUUGUUCCUGAGCAGUGAUCAAUCUCUUCCUGCCCGGUUGUCUGACCUGUAUUAACCACCCCUCUCUCUUCCUGGUUCUCCCUUCCCAGUGUUGGCUUGCUUUGGGCAUGGGCUCCAGGUUAGCCAGACUAUAAAGUUGGCCAGCCCCAGGACUUACCCCCGGUCUCCACUCCUCAACUCUCUUACAAGCGAUUCACUACAUAUAUCUAGAAGAAGAAAAACACAUCUCUGAAUAAGCUUUGUUGUACAAUUAAAGGUCAAAUCCACUGCAUUUAAAACAGUCAGCCAUAAUUGAAUGAAUUCAGAGUUUGUGUAAUCAUACCGAGGCUGAAUAUAUUCCUUCCACAACCAUAAGAUCCACUAAUCAUUACUUCAUCAAAAUAGUUGUACAUUCUUUAUUUUCUUCUAUAAUCACUGAUCUGGCUUUCAGGUCUGUCUAUAAAAAUUAACUUUUUGUUACAAAUGUAACCAGAACCAUGCAUAAUAAUGCACAUUCACUAAUAAUGUAGCAGGUAUUCUAGAAAAUGAACACCGGUCUCAAGCAGAAGGCCACGUGCUAGUUGGUGCCCAGCUAAUAUUGAUAUUUCUAGUUCAGCAAACUUGGAUCUAGGUAUAAUUUCACUAGCUCUGGAUUUAGCUAACAAGGAGAACAGGUGAAUUGUUAUGAACACACCCUUCUGUCCGUCUCCAACUGUUUGAACAGCAUGCUAGCCUGUCCACUUUGUUCAGAUGUUGGCAUCAAGUGGCCUACUUUAUCUCUGAAUGAGAACGACAUGACAACUCCUUAGUUUUAUGCUUAUUGCACAUUUAUAAAACAGACUAGACAGCUGGUGUAAGUCUUUAUUUGACUAAAAUACUGCUAGUGAUACGUGGUACCAUAAUGCACUUGCGACAAACUGAGCGUUCAUUUUCCAGGUGAAGGUUCAUUGGUAAAUUUGUUUUAGUAGUGUCUGCUCUGCUCAAAAUCUGAGGAGUUGAAACAUAAACAGGGUUUCAUUAGAAAGGUUCAUUUCUCUAUUACAGUAUAAUAAUUUCUCCAUGUGUUGUGGUGUCCAUAUGAUCCAUUCUGUUGGACCAAAUGCAAAUGGAGAGUUGAAACCGUUUGUCAGUGAAGAAGUGAUCUCUCUGUUGUGUGUGUGGUAGGGGCUUGGGAGAAAGAGGCGACGCGAGAGGUGUCACUCCAAGCCCUAUGCGCUUAUUUUGAACUUAAGCUUGUCACCUGCCGUCCCGCCUUCGGGACAACGACUCCCAUUGUUAAGGUGGAAACAUGAGCAUCUAGUCAUUAUAUACAGAUCUCUGGUGUAAAUGUACACAGCACAGAAGGAGUGAAUGAGACUAAAUAGGACAUAAACGCUCAUAAAAACAAAGAAUACGAAAAAACUUGGACCAGCCUCAGGACUUACCCCCGUCUCCACCCCUCACCUCUCUGGCCCCAGACUCCCCUACCAAACCUCCCUCUCGUCCCCCAUGAGCCAGCCACAGGACUUACCCCUGUCUCCACCCCUCACCUCUCUGGCCCCAGACUCCCCUACCAAACCUCCCUCUCUUCCCCUAUGAGCCAGCCACAGGACUUACCCCCCUGUCUCCUCACCUCUCUGGCCCCAGACUCCCCUACCAAACCUCCCUCUCGUCCCCCAUGAGCCAGCCACAGGACUUACCCCUGUCUCCACCCCUCACCUCUCUGGCCCCAGACUCCCCUACCAAACCUCCCUCUCUUCCCCUAUGAGCCAGCCACAGGACUUACCCCCCUGUCUCCUCACCUCUCUGGCCCCAGACUCCCCUACCAAACCUCCCUCUCGUCCCCCAUGAGCCAGCCACAGGACUUACCCCUGUCUCCACCCCUCACCUCUCUGGCCCCAGACUCCCCUACCAAACCUCCCUCUCUUCCCCUAUGAGCCAGCCACAGGACUUACCCCCCUGUCUCCUCACCUCUCUGGCCCCAGACUCCCCUACCAAACCUCCCUCUCGUCCCCCAUGAGCCAGCCACAGGACUUACCCCUGUCUCCACCCCUCACCUCUCUGGCCCCAGACUCCCCUACCACCACAAACACAGACAAUUGUUUAUCAAUUGGAAGGCUGUUUGUCAGUAGGUUAUUGAUUUCAGCACUCUUCAGUGUUCGCGUGAAUGAUGAUAGAUUUAGGUCAUUUAGUUUUGUGUUCAGGAGGAUUAAUGCAGAGUGUGUGUGUGUGUGUGUAUCUGACUGAUAUUAAUUUCUACCUCUUGGCAUGCUGAUUGUUAGUUUACCUAAUAAAGGGACAUAAACAACAAUUUACUACAAUGCCACAACUUCAAUAAACCGUUUAUUUGAACAGUG